AUGUGAUGACGAAUUCAGACAGAACAAUGUUGGGAAAACGAAAAGACCCGACAGGCUGUGUUUCCCCUAUAUAUGUUCACUGAAAUCUGAAGAUACUUAGGGUUACUGGUUACAUUUGCUGGGUUCAUCAAUGGCUAAUUCAAUGUUCUCUUCUUCGGCCAAGCCACACUUCUUGAAGCCUAUUCUUCAAAACAUGUGAUGACGAAUUCAGACAGAACAAUGUUGGGAAAACGAAAAGACCCGACAGGCUGUGUUUCCCCUAUAUAUGUUCACUGAAAUCUGAAGAUACUUAGGGUUACUGGUUACAUUUGCUGGGUUCAUCAAUGGCUAAUUCAAUGUUCUCUUCUUCGGCCAAGCCACACUUCUUGAAGCCUAUUCUUCCAGGCUUCAAAACCUAUAUUUUGAUUCCUAAAGCUUUUUAUUCGAAAUACUUAGAGGGAAGACAAGAGGGAAACGCUGCAGAACUUAGAUCAGACGCGUCGGAGAUCACCUGGAAUAUUAAGAUAGACGGCCGAAGAAUGACCAAAGGAUGGGAAGAAUUUGCGGUGGGUCACAAUCUUCAGGUCGGCGACAUUCUUGUUUUCAGACACGAAGGGAAUCUCUUGUUUCAUGUCACACCUUUUGGACUGAGUUGCUGUGAGAUACUUUACUCACAGAAUGACGAGAAAGUUGUCAAAGACAAGACGGGAAAGGUUACACGAUAUAAAACGGUGAAGAAAACGGCAAAAAAUGAGUGUUCAUCAGUGGACACUGAUUUUGUGGUCCCUGUCACCGCCUCAAACCAACGACUUGAUUCAUUUUAUCUUCCAAGAGGUUUUACCACCUCAAGUGGUUUGAGUAAACUGUGCAAUGAGAUAAUUCUAAUGGAUGAAAAAAGCAGGCCAUCGACGCUAAAACUGUGUUACCAUAAAUCAAGUAAUCGGUUUUGUGUCAGCUGAGGUUGGAGAGCUUUCUGCUGCAGGAAUGGUUUUAAAACUGGUUGUUUCUUGAGACCCAUAUUGGCCCGAAAAGGAAAACCACCCGUGCUCCGGAUUUAUCCUUUGGAGAGAGAUGAGGACAACAUUGGAAACCACUCGAAGAAGAUUAAGCAAGAAGUAGAACAUGAGACUGUGAAAGAAGAGACGAAUGUGGAAUCAGGAAAGCUUAAAAGAGAUGGAUUACUGAAGAAAGAUCCACAAAAAGUGUGUUCUUCAUCACACGACACAAUCUUUGUGGUCCCUGGCACAGCUUCAAACCAACGAAAUGAUUCAUUUGUAAGAAGUCCUUAA